AUGCAGUCCCAGUCUAUUUCUUUUUCUAUACGGUCCUUGAACUACUAUAAAUAUGCUAUGACCUUCACUGGAUUGACUCGGCUAGUUAUCACAAGGCUGUGUUCAUCAUGGUUUAAACUUGUAACCAUCUUCAUACCCAAGCCAAACAAACCAGUUUGGCUUGCUGGUCUCAAUAUUGGAAGCACUUUGAGGGCGUGGGAGCCACCACUGACCCAGUGGGGUCUGACAGACAUAACUAUGGUUGCGGAAGGAAGAGACAUCAUGAGUCCAAAGAUCAAGAUUGGCAUCAAUGGAUUUGGAAGGAUUGGUCGUUUGGUCGCAAGAGUGGCACUACAAAGAGAUGAUGUGGAACUUGUUGCUGUUAAUGACCCUUUCAUCACAACUGAUUACAUGACUUACAUGUUCAAAUAUGAUACUGUUCAUGGACAAUUCAAAAACUGUGAAGUUAAGGUUAAGGACGAUAAAACCCUUCUCUUUGGUUCUAGCACCGUCGCUGUAUUUGGUGUCAGGAACCCAGAGGAAAUUCCAUGGGGUCAGACUGGAGCUGAUUAUGUUGUUGAGUCCACUGGAGUUUUCACUGAUAAGGACAAGGCAGCUGCCCAUUUGAAGGGAGGUGCAAAGAAGGUUAUCAUUUCCGCACCAAGCAAGGAUGCUCCAAUGUUUGUUGUUGGUGUGAAUGAGAAAGAAUACAAGUCUGAUAUUACUGUUGUCUCUAAUGCUAGUUGCACAACCAACUGUCUUGCUCCACUUGCUAAGGUUAUUCAUGACAAAUUUGGCAUUGUUGAAGGCCUCAUGAGCACUGUCCACUCUAUUACUGCAACUCAAAAGACUGUUGAUGGACCAUCAAUGAAGGAUUGGAGAGGUGGUAGAGCAGCUUCUUGCAACAUCAUUCCUAGCAGUACUGGAGCUGCCAAGGCUGUUGGUAAGGUGUUGCCAGCCCUUAAUAACAAGUUGACAGGAAUGUCAUUUAGGGUUCCAACUGUAGAUGUUUCAGUGGUUGAUCUCACUGUUAGACUUGAGAAGGGAGCUACUUAUGAUGAGAUAAAAGCUGCUAUAAAGGAAGCAUCAGAGGGAAGUUUAAAGGGAAUCCUUGGUUACACAGAAGAUGAUGUUGUGUCUACUGAUUUUAUUGGUGACAAUAGGUCAAGCAUUUUUGAUGCAAAAGCUGGAAUUUCAUUGAACAACAACUUUGUGAAACUUGUCUCUUGGUAUGACAAUGAAUGGGGUUACAGCACUCGUGUGGUUGACUUGAUUCGACACAUGGCAUCAGUUUAA